AUGCCAAGACCCAAGGCUUUUCUCAAAGAAUCCAAAGCUAAGAAGAAGGGUGCCGCGAAGCAGCAACUCCCGGUAACGGCCGAUGACUAUCUAGCAGCGGGCGUCGAGCUAGAAGAAGCCGGCGAGAAAUGGCGAGCUGGAGACGCAGCCAAGUCGAUGCGCUUUUUCAUGAAGGCCAUUGCCAACUAUGAUGAAGGACUGCAGAAACAUCCAGCUGCUUUUGACCUGGCCUACAACAAAGCUCGCAUCCAAUAUGAAAUCACUCAGCAUCCUAAGCUGGCAGCUCAACUACCCGCUCCACAGGCCGAGAUCCUGGAGGUAGCGCUGCAGUCGCACCGGGAUGCACUGUAUCUGGAGCAGGACAAUGCUGAUGCCCUGUUCAACAGCGGUCAGGUGCUGAACAGUCUUGCCGAGGCUCUGACGGAUUCGAAGCACCCGAGUGAGGAUCAGCUCGUGCAAGCGAGCACGUACCUGCAAGAAGCGGUGGAGCUGUUCCAACGGUGCCUAGCGCUGCAGGAGAUGAAGUUCACCGAGAUGGAGGAGCAGAUUAUGCAGAUGGAGUCUGGGGAGAUGGAUUCUGAAGUACCCGAGCCAGAGCCCGUGGAACCGCAGACAGCCCCGGCCGAAUCUGCUGAAAGCGAACCGCAGGAGCAGUGGGCUGCUAUCGUUGAACCAGUGACGAAGAACACGCUGGUUGACUCUGCCGUAGCGCAGCUUGACACAUUGACGGCUCUAUGCAAUCUGUUGACGUUCAAUCCUGGUGCUGGCGGGGUGGGCUGGGUACAGGAGUACUCCUCCGAACUGGUUGAGACCCGGCUGCCGGCCUAUGUCGAGGGAUCGGAUAGGCAAUAUGAAGCCGGGCUAGCACGGGCAAAGUUCAUCAGCGCGCUCCACGACGUCCUCUACCGAGGCGGCCACACCGAUGCCCAGACAUACAAGCAGGAGGUCGGACGCGCAUUUGGUCCUGAGGUUGACGUAUCCACCGAUCCUGAGGGAUUGUGCAGCAAAGCCGAGGCACUGACUUCGCUGAACGGGGCAUUCGCCGAUGUACCACCGGCCGAGGAUCCCGAGACUUUCAAGUUCUGCUGUAAUGUACGAUGGCAAUCACUCUCGACUGCGCUGGACUCGUUGACAGCGGCCUCGAAGCUGCCCAACGCGGACAACUUGCCAAAGAUUCAUCUUGCACGCGGUGACGCAGAAAUGCAGCGCUGGCGACUGGGUCGGGCACCCUGGAACCACGCCGUGGCGGCACAGCACGGGGCCACGCUCCUGCGUAAUGCGCAAACGUACUACCGCGGAGCAGCGGCGCUAGCUCGUCGGGAUAGAGAAACCGAGGCAGAACGAGAUGGAUCGUUCAAAGAGGCCAUUGCUGCUGCGCUGGAGGGUCAGAGAACCAAGCUGGAUCAGAUCAAGACGACAUCCUUUGAGCAGUUGAUUGCAGUGGCCCAGGACAUGGUCGAGGACGGGAUGAUAGACCCCACCGAGAUGAGCGCCUUGAUCUCAUGA